GACCGGCUGCCGGAGCCGGGACGGGUCACGACCAUGUCUCGCAAGCAAGCGGCGAAGGCCCGGCCCGGGAAGGCGGAGACGGAGCGGAAGCGGGACGAGCGGGCGGCGCGGAGGGCGCUGGCCCGCGAGAGGCGGAACCGGCCCGCGGCGGACGGCGAGGGAGGCCUGGCCGGGCAGCUGCGGGCGCUCGGGCUGCGUCUCAGGGAGGUGCCGGGCGACGGGAACUGCUUGUUCCGGGCCCUGGGCGACCAGCUGGAAGGACACUCUCGAGGCCACCUCAAGCAUCGGCAGGAGACGGUGGACUACAUGAUAAAGCAGCGGGAAGAUUUUGAGCCUUUUGUGGAAGAUGAUGUCCCUUUUGAGAGGCAUGUUGCCAAUCUAGCCCAACCUGGAACUUUCGCUGGCAAUGAUGCGAUCGUAGCCUUUGCAAGAAACAAUCAAGUGAAUGUUGUUAUUCACCAGGUCAAUGCUCCUCUGUGGCAGAUCCGCGGAACAGACAAAAGCAACGCCCAGGAGCUGCACAUUGCGUAUCGGUAUGGAGAGCAUUACGACAGUGUCCGGAAGAUUGACGACAACUCGGAGGCCCCCGCCCGACUACAGACAGAGAUGCUGUGCAAAAAUGAGUCGAAUAAAAAGGAGAAAAUCCAGCUCAGGAAGGAGGAGGAAUCUUCAGAAGGGACACAAAAUGAAAUAGAGGACGCGGUCCAGAAAGUUCGGAACGCGACCGGCUGCCUGGAUGCUGAUUUAAUUGUCCAGAUCCUUGAAACGGAGGACUACAACAUCGAAUCGGCCAUAUUUGCUGUUCUUCAAAUGAACGAGCUGAAAAGGCUCUGUGCUGAGGAAGCCGAGGAUGGAUCAGCAAACCGGCAGAAGCUGCAUCCCGCUCCAGCCCUGCGGGGAGAGAACGGAAGUGGCAGCGGGAUCGUUGGAAGCCUAGAGCCUGAAAACAACAAGCCCCAGGCGAACCAGAUGGGGAGCCGGCCAGCCCGCAAGCAGCAGCCGCCGCCAAAGGUAUCCAACAAGCAGAAGAAGGAGCAGCAGCGGUUAGAGAAGAAGCGACGGCAGGAGGACAGGCACCGGCAGAAGGUCCUGGCCAGCAGGAGCAGCACCUCGGACAAUGACAGGAACGCGGUAGACUCUGAAAUGCAGGUCACGCUGGUGAAGACCUUCGCAGCACUGAAUAUCUGACUCGAUGGCUACGCCUUUCAGGUUUACGCGCGUGGGAGAAGAGGGACGUGUGGGCCCUUUACUUUGCAAGGCCAGGCCGCCCUUGUCGAGCCAAACGCCUCGCCCGUCUCUGAAGGCAGGGGGCCGGCCGGCCCACCGGGCUGAUGGAUGGUUGGCCCCGCAUGUGACUCCUGGUCUGCGCAGGAGGAGCAGCUGCAGCAGCGCUGAAGCAAGAGCAGCCGAGGCAGAAUCCCCUGACACUGUCGGUCUCCUGCAACUUGCUUCCGCGUCUUGCAGAUCUGCCUGCAGGAUUUUUCACUUACAUUGAUGCUCCACAGCCAUCCUGCAGUUUCUUUCCUCAGGAAUCAGCCCAUCUCUUUUGCAAACCAAAUGGCAAAUCUUCCCGAGGCCCAUCCCAAAGUGAAGUUCAGCGUGCCAAAACCUGGACUGAAGCGGCCUUCUCAGCAGCAGUCGGCCUUUCUGCUUCAGCUUGUGGGAGCAGGGCUGGCUUGUGGGUGAAGCCGCACAUUCUCUACAAACAGGAAUUUUAAUUUACCACAAACAGCUUAUAAUCUAGGCCCAUGGGGUGUGGGGGUGGACAUUGAGCCUCUGUACCCUCAGUGCAAGUACCGGGGAGGCCUGCCUCUCGUGAACUCCUCUGCCAGGUCAAUCUAACCUCGCCUGUAAUGAAGGGGAGCAAGAGGGCUUCAGGGAUGACAACCGAAGUUUGGCGCCGUUUGGUAGCCUUCGUUCAUGAGCAGAGCUUGGGCGGGACCCGCUCUUGUAAGACCUUGCCUUCUGCCCUUCUCGCGUGUGGCAAACGUAUCCCUUAAAAAUGUGCAGGGGUUCGGCGUGGAGGGGUGUUGAAGUCGGCUUCUAAAGCACCACCAGGAGGAAACACACAUGCUCCCCCGGCACUGUGAGGUCAGUGGAACAUCAUACAAACAAGGCUUCCAAAGUACUUUUUCAUGUUUGAGUAUCCGGAGUGCCUUGUAUUUCUGAGCAUUACAGGCCUUUAUCCAAAGAUGUGAGAAACUCAAACACCUCUGGAAUCUUCGAGUUCACUUUAUAGACUCAGUUAUAUUGGUAAAAGUCAUACUUGCACUAUUUCCUUGUUUUGCUCCCUGAAAACACAUUUUCCUGCAGAGAGCGUUUUAUUCAUUUUGUUAAGAGAAAUUAAUUGCAGCAGUUGUUGGAUCUGAAUGAAUGGAAAUGAGUUGUGGUUUUUUUAAUAGCAUGAGUCGCGUGUACUGUAAGCUGCCAUACGGAAUGAAUCUUGCGUGCCUUCACUGGUUGGUUAGAAGCGACAGUUUUGGAAAAUGCAACAUUUCUCAUUCCAGUGCAGCCAGGGUGAGAAAACGUAGCCCUCUCCAACUGGUUUGGGAAUAGGAUUUUGUCACUACGGGUAUCUGUUAGCCAAAUGGUGGAUUUACUGGACUCUUACUUUAAAAAAAAUCCUUGGAGAGAGGAAGGUUCUGUUUGGCCUCUGGGGCCAGGAGUGCUUUCGCACUGCGCGCAAGUGCGGUGGAAGCGGUUAGAGGAAGGGGUGUCGGGUGUUGCCUUCCUUCUGGAUUGGUGCGGCACAUGCCCUCCCCUUGGUUUGGGUCUUCUCUGAUGUUUUCACGUCAGCAGGAAUCUGGCUUGCUGUUCAGCAACUCGGUCAACCUUUUCCCCCGCUUUAAAGCCAAAUGCAAACGGUCACGGGUAGUCAUAAUUCCGAUAAAAAGGGAUGUAACAGAGAUCAGGUAUAAAGCUGUUGGGGGCUAUAUGGAUGGGCUGAGGGAGGAGGGAGCAAAUCUGUAUCUGUGGUCGUCUCAAUAAACUUAUCCUCAUUGAGGCUGCUGACCAGUUAACCAA